AUGCCUUCUGUCUCAACUUUAUCCCAAUUCACCUUUUCCAACUGGGGCCCCCUCACCACGACCUACACGCCUCCCGCUAGCUGCACAACAGCAACAAACAAUGUGGUCCUUGGCGUGACCUCCUACCCAGGCGUUGAAUACAUGGGCGUUAGCUGCGAUAGCCCAGAUUAUGGGGAAUGCGUACCGACCGGAUCAUCCAAGUCAUCCAAAUCGCAAGCAUCAGGAUACCUAGAUCCGCGCUCAUUGUAUCAAGCCGGAUAUUUCUCACCAGGCAUAUACUGUCCUUCAGGAUGGAACACAGUCGGCAUUGCAUCUCGAGACGGAAACGCCUCGGUAACUUCAGGAGGAGUCUUCAGUCCCUCUACACCUAUUCCGACCCAUGUAACCCGUGGAGAGAAAAUCAACAACCCUGCAAAUGUGUUAAUGCAAAUUCUUGAUCCGAGCGAAACGGCUAUGCUUUGUUGUCCUGAAUCUAUGACUGGUAAUACGAAUUUAGGCUGCUGGUCUACAAUACCUGAUUAUCCGAUUUCUACGGGCUGUGGCUGGAAACUUGACAGCGAUGACUUCGCUACUGUGACUGAGACAGUAUGGGUUGAUGGAAAGACGGCGGUUUGGGAUGAUGUAUGGAGCCUUACAGCUACGACUCCGAUGAGUCAAUCACUGGUGGAGACAUUUGCAUCUACCGAUGUUUCGAAGAUUGGACUGGAUGCUAUGAAUGUUGUUCCGAUGGUUACGCUUGUGCAUAAGAUGUCGGAUAUUGCAGGCACUGGGAAAGAUACCAUACUCCAUGGGACUGUGGGCGCGACUGCGACUUCAACUGCGGGUUCAAAUGGGACUGUGGCUACUUCUAAUGCUGCUGUGAGGAUGUUAGGCUCGCGCCGUGUUUGGAAUGGGCUUUCUGAUGUAUUGGGGAUAACUGUUGGGGGGAUUGUUCUUGGGGCUGCUAUCAUUUUCUCUUGA